GACUUCCUCCAAUAUAAUGAGAAUUCUCCUUCUAGGUUGCCAGGGAUUGCCUUCCUUAUUCUUCACAGUGUUUGCAUAGUAAGGCAGAUCAAUGUGAACGCCCCGCCCGCCCGCCACCUUUCUUAAAAUGCCACUACCUUGAGUCCACUCUUGUUCUUCUUCUCUUCUCUGUCUCUUGAUUAAAAGGGAACCCUUCAAGAAAAGUCAUCCCUUUCUUGAUCUGUUUUCAAACCUCCGGAAUGUCAACCGCCUUUUCUUACCGGCAAAUCUUUCUGUCUUUUUGUCUCUUGUUCUGUUUUUGCUUACCCUUUUGUGUGAAAUCUGAUGAACUCCAAGCAUUGCUGAACCUGAAAUCUGCUCUUAAUAGAUCAAGCACCCCCAAUGUUCUUGAUUCAUGGGAGGCUGCCAAUCAUGUUUGCAGCUUCCAUGGGAUCACUUGCAACGCAGAGGGGUCGGUUAAGGAAAUUGAGCUUUCAAGUCAAAAGCUGACGGGUGUUCUUCCUUUGGAUUCGAUAUGCCAGCUUCCAUCCCUGGAUAAGCUUUCCUUGGGGCACAAUUUAUUGUAUGGUGCAAUCACGAAAGACAUGAGUAAUUGUGUAAAGCUUCAAUAUCUGGACCUUGGAAACAAUCUUUUUACGGGUUCUUUUCCGGAUAUAUCUGCUCUCAGCGAAUUGCAGUACCUUUAUUUGAAUGGCAGCGGAUUUUCUGGUACUUAUCCAUGGAAAUCGCUUGAAAACAUGACCAAUCUUGUUGUUCUGAGCCUUGGGGACAAUCCUUUCGACCGAACUCCGUUUCCUGAUGAUAUUCUGAAGUUGAAGAAGCUAAAUUCGCUUUAUUUGGCGAAUUGCAGCAUUGAAGGGACGAUUCCACCGGCAAUUGGAGAUCUUACUGAGCUUAAAGAUUUAGAGCUCCAAUACAAUUAUUUAUCUGGAGAAAUUCCGGUCGAGAUUGGAAAGCUUCACAAACUCUGGCAGCUUGAGCUUUAUAGCAAUGAAUUGACAGGAAAACUUCCUGUUGGAUUCAGAAAUCUGACAAACCUAGAAUAUAUUGAUGCCUCUACCAACCAUCUUGAAGGAGAUAUCUCAGAAGUGAGGUAUUUGACCAACCUGAUAAGUCUGCAACUCUUUGAAAAUAAUUUUACAGGUGAAGUACCACCGGAGUUGGGUGAAUUCAAAAAACUGGUGAAUCUGUCUCUCUACACCAACAUGUUGACUGGUCCUCUGCCUCAAAAGAUAGGUUCUUGGGCUGAAUUCGUCUACAUCGAUGUAUCAGAGAAUUUCUUGACUGGUCCAAUUCCUCCAGACAUGUGCAAGAAAGGAACCAUGAGAGCAGUUCUUAUGCUUCAGAACAAUUUCACCGGUGGAAUUCCGGCGACUUAUGCAAGUUGUACCACUUUAAAGCGGUUUAGAGUCAGUUACAACUCGCUAUCAGGCAGAGUCCCGGCUGGCAUAUGGGGAUUACCAAAAGUGGAUAUAAUUGACAUUUCUUUCAAUCAAUUUGAAGGUUCAAUUACAUCAGAUAUCAAGAACGCAAAAGCGAUAGGAAUACUGUCGGCGGAACACAAUCUGUUAUCAGGUGAGUUGCCAGAAGAGAUUUCGGAAGCUACAUCUUUGGUCAGAAUUGACCUAAAUAACAAUCAGAUUUCAGGGAAACUCCCUCAUGGAAUUGGGGAACUGAAAAGCUUGAGCAGCCUUAAAUUGCAGAACAACAGGUUAUCUGGUUCUAUACCGGAGUCCUUAGGUUCUUGUGCUUCCAUCAGCAACAUAAACAUGGCUUCUAAUUCACUCUCUGGCAAAAUUCCAUCAUCUUUAGGAUCUUUGCCGACAUUGAACUCAAUGAAUUUGUCUCGAAAUGAACUUUCCGGUAAAAUUCCAGAGAGCCUGUCGUCUCUCAAGCUGAACGUUUUUGAUCUAUCCUAUAAUCGGUUAACUGGUCCGAUACCGGAGUCUCUCUCCAUUGAAGCACAUCAUGGUAGCUUGGCCGGAAACCCUGGCCUUUGCAGUCCAACUAUCACCUCUUUCAAGCGAUGUCCACCAGAUUCUGGCAUGUCUAAAGAUGUCCGUACGCUUACAGUCUGUUUGGCUCUAGGUGCAACGAUCUUGCUUGCUUCGCUUGGAUGUUUCUUAUAUUUAAGGAGGACAGAGAAAGACCACGACCGUUCUUUGAAGGAAGAAUCUUGGGAUUUUAAGUCUUUCCACGUGUUAACCUUCACCGAAGAUGAGAUUCUUGAUUCCAUCAAGCAAGAGAAUCUGAUCGGAAAAGGAGGGUCUGGGGAUGUCUACAAAGUAAUGCUUUCUAAUGGUGUAGAACUUGCUGUGAAACACAUAUGGAACACAGAUUCUAAUGGCCGCAGAAAGAGCCAGAGUACUGCCCCAAUCCUCAGCAAACGUGCUGGUAAGGCAAAGGAAUUUGACGCGGAGGUGCAGACAUUAAGCUCAAUAAGGCAUGUCAAUGUGGUGAAGCUUUACUGCAGCAUUACUAGUGAAGACUCAAGCUUGUUGGUGUACGAGUACAUGCCCAAUGGGAGCUUAUGGGAUCGGUUGCAUACGAGUAGGAAAAUGGAGCUUGAUUGGGAUACUAGGUAUGAGAUUGCAGUUGGGGCGGCAAAGGGACUAGAGUACCUGCAUCAUGGAUGCGAGAGGCCAGUUAUCCACCGGGAUGUCAAAUCUAGUAACAUAUUGCUGGAUGAGGUUUUGAAGCCUAGAAUUGCCGAUUUUGGACUUGCUAAGAUUGUUCAGGCCAAUGGUGGUAAGGACUCCACCCAUGUCAUUGCAGGCACCCAUGGCUACAUAGCUCCUGAAUAUGGCUACACCUACAAAGUCAACGAGAAGAGUGAUGUGUAUAGCUUCGGAGUGGUGUUAAUGGAGCUAGUGAGUGGAAAGAGACCAAUCGAGCCAGAGUAUGGAGAUAACAAGGACAUAGUGAGUUGGCUGUGCAGCAAACUAAAGAACAAAGAGAGUGUCUUAAGUACAGUGGACCCAAGAAUUCCGGAUGCCUUGAAAGAAGAAGCUGUAAAGGUGUUGAGAAUUGCCAUUUUGUGCACGACCGCGUUGCCGGCCCUUAGACCCACCAUGAGAAACGUGGUUCAAAUGCUGGAAGAGGCUGAACCCUGCAAAUUGGUCGGCUUUGUCAUUAGUAAAGACGGUGACCACAAGAAACAGGAAGCCAUGGUUUAUGCUGAGAAGUUCAAGCAACAGCUAUAAAUCUUGUAACAUUGUAGCAGUUUUGUAACAUAUUAGGCAUCAGAUCACCUGUGAUCAGUUGUAAAGUAUUAGCUAGAGCCUUUAGGCUGUAUGCUUUGUAAUCUGUAUAAUCUUUGAGUUUAGCGCCAAUAAUUUUCCAUGGUGGAGGCUAAUCCCAGGGAAAAUUUGUAGUUGCUUACCUCGUUUAGGAAUUGAAUGUAUGAGGCAUGAAAUGCCAUUUCUUAAGCUUAGUCUUUCCCAAAAUUAACGAGGGUAAUGUGCCAAAAAAAUAUUCUGUAAUGUUGUCAAAUCAUUGGUCUGAAAUCUGAAUCACUGCUGGAUAUCGAAAAGGACCCUUGUUCU